AUGACAAACGGACCACCACCGGACCCCGGCUCCCCGGUAUCGUCUCGGGCACAGGUAUGGCCCACCCCUCUCCCCCGCCUCAUCGACGGCCAACAGGGUUACAUGGUGAGGCGUCUCCUGAAGGUUCAACCUCGGGUCAGGCGAUUCCAGUACCUGGUUGACUGGGAGGGUUAUGGCCUGGAGGAGAAGUGCUGGGUCCCCGCUAGGGACAUCCUGGACCCAGGCCUCAUCGCUGAGUUUCAAAGCCGGAACCCUGACACUUGUAACCUGACCAUCUCCAAGACAGAGCCAUGGGACUCAGCUACACACUACUGUGGUGCUAUGGAAGUGGGCGAAGUCAAAUUUGGAGAAGGAACUGUUUUAAUUGUCAAAGGGUCCAACAGCAUGUCUGUGCUCCAGCAGUCUGUGUCUGAGUCAGUCCAGCAAGGAGACUCUGUGACUCUGAACUGUACAAUACACACUGAGACCUGUGCAGGAGAACACAGUGUCUACUGGUUCAGACAUGGCUCAGGAGAAUCCCAUCCAGGAAUCAUUUACAACAUUGGAGACAGGAGUGAUCAGUGUGAGAAGAGCCCUGAAGCUCGGUCUCCUAGACAGAGCUGUGUCUACAACCUUCCCAAGAGGAACCUCAGCCUCUCUGAUGCUGGGACUUACUACUGUGCUGUGGCCUCAUGUGGGGAGAUACUGUUCGGGAACGGGACCAAGCUGUCAGGCAUGGUGACUUUUGAUUCUGAUUCACAGAUGAGAAUCCUGGUCCUUCUCUACAUCAUAAGAACUGGAGUUCUCCUCUGCUGUCUGACCAUCUUAAUCAUAAUCUACACCACCAGGAAAUAGACAAAGUUAAGGCCAAUGUCAAUAGACUAUAGCUGGGUUUUUGAGUAAAGUAGGAGAUCCUGAAUCAUCGCUAUGCAUAGCAAAUGAUGAUUUAUUGAGAUUGCUUAGUUGCUCGUAUUGCAUUAGAAAAAUAUUAGCCUGCGACUUCUAAUUCAAUUGAGCAUCAUCAUCCCUGCUUAUGCUGUAUGUGUUAAUUGAUUGAACUGCUCUCC